AUGAAUAUUGGCAUUUAUAAAAAAGUCCUCAGUAGGGCUCCAAAAACACAGAUUUAUGAAAUUUUAAGCGAAAUUGAUACAAUUAUCAGUGAUUGUGACGGAGUAAUGGUAUGGUAAUGCAGUAUGCAGGCACCAGAAGUUUACCUUAUGUACAAGAAACCUAUAAGCUCUUAACUCCCCCCCCCCUCCGUGAGCGAACAAAAAAAUUUUGUUCGCUCACGGAGGGGGGUUAAAUUUUUUUUUUAAAAAAAAAUUUAUAUAUAAAUUUUAUAAAAAAUAUUUUUUUCGAAAUUUAAAAAAAUCCUAAUUUGCAAAAAUUGGGAAGCAAAUAUUAAUUUAAUUUGCAAAUUUUAUUUUUUAAAACGCAAUUUGUUUAAAAUUAAACAGAAUUAGCUCUAGAUUUCAUUAUACUAAUUAUCACUUAUAUAUCAAAAUUUUUUUCCAUUAAAAUUUUUUCUAUUAAAAAAUUUUUGUUCACUCACGGAGGGUGGGUUUUUGGUCAAAAAAUGGCGAUUUUUCUAAUGGUUUUGUUCGCUCACGGAGGGGGGGGGGGAGUAAGAGACAUGGGAAAACAAUUUUUUUUUUACUCAAAUUCAUCGACAAAGACUAGAAAAGAUAUCAGUUUGAAGCUAGAAAGUAUUGGGAUUAAAACAGAGGUUAAAAAUGUUUUUACAGCCUCUUAUGUAAUGGCACAUUAUGUUGCGAAUUAUCAUCCUUAUAUAAAGAAAGUUUAUGCGAUAGGCGAAGAAGGACUUUAUCACGACUUGAGGGAAAAAGGAAUAAAUGUAAUUGAAGGAAACCAGCAUAAUCACGGGAUUCUGAAGUGGGACUUCUUGAAUGAAAUUCAUAUGGAUGAUGAUAUAGGAGCUAUAGUGAUGGGAUAUGACGCAAAUUUUAAUUAUUUGAAAUUGGCUAUAACUGGUGUUCUUCUAUCAAGGCCUCAAUGUUUAUUUUUGGCAACAAAUUCUGAUGACUAUGACCUAAUUGAUGGGCAUAAGCACCCGGAAACUGGAGCUUUUAUUGCUUCUAUUGAAGAAUUCACUAAAAGAAGCCCUGAUGUCGUUGUCGGUAAGCCUAAUCCAAUUAUGUUUAAUAUUCUCCGCGAAAGGCAUCCAGAAAUCAGACCAGAAAAGACAUUGAUGAUAGGUGAUAGACUAGACACUGACAUGUCUUUUGCUAGAAACAGCGGACUGAAAAAGAUGUUGACAUUUUCAGGGGUAACUCAGGUAAAAGAGCUUGAAUCUUUAUUGCCAACUGAUAUUGAUUACUUUAUUCACUAUUUGGGUAUGCUAUAUGAGGGUUUAAAACUUUAA